AUGUCAUCAUCAUUAUCAGACGUAGAAGAACAAACAAAUUCAUCGAAUGCUUGUUUUCAUCUUAUUCCUUCGAAAGAUGAUGCUGAACAAUUACAAUUAAUCGUUUCAUCAUCGUCUGCUGAAAGAAAAUCUUCAAAUGUUCCUUCACAAUGUUUAUGGAACAAAAAAAUUAGUCUUAAAAGUUAUGAUAAUAGAAAUGAAAGUGAUUUUCAAGCUGCUGUACUCGAUUUACUUGAUCAAUUACUUUUAAUUUAUGUUAAUUAUAAUUAA